CGCGGAGCUUCGGCGCGGCCAAGGCGGGCACCGGGGCCCCUCCGGCCGGGCGUCUUCCCUGCGAAACUUCCGCCGCGGGAUCCGCGCCUGGCUUCCCGCAUGGCCGCGGAGGGGCUCGGGGAGGCCGGCCAGGGCGGCGUAAACCCCGCGGAGCCCCCCGAGGUCUUUUGCUACGGGCCGGAGGAGCUGGUGCUGCGCGGGGCGGAGUGGCCGAGGAGCGGCGCGGGACCGGCCGGCAGCCCCCCCUGGUCGCGCUUCGACAGGGCACUGCUGGAGGGCUGGGAGGAGCGGCUGCGGCGGGGCCUCUUCCGCUACCGCCUGGGCCGGCUGCAGACGCGAGUCCUGCCGGGACGGCUGGCGCUGGUGGCCCAGCUGAACGUGCAGCGGGCGACCGAGAGGCGGCGGCCCCAGGAGGUCCGCAGUGUCCGGCAGAGCUUCGAUCCCCGGCAGUUCAACUUCGGCCAGAUCCGGCGGGAGGAGAUCCUCUUCUGCCUGCGCCGGCGCUGCCCCGGCCUGGCCAGCUCGCCCCGGACCCUGGUGGCCAUCAACGUCAGCCCGCUGGAGCGGGGACACAUGCUUCUCAUCCCGGACCCUGCGCUCGCCCUGCCGCAGGUCCUCACCCCGGAGGCUCUGCUGGCGGGGCUGGACGCCGUGCUCCUCAGUGCCCACCCCGGCUUCCGCCUAGGCUUCAACAGCCUGGGCGCUUUCGCCUCCGUCAACCACCUGCACCUGCACGGCUUCUACUUGGACUGGGAGCUCUCGGUGGAAUCCGCCCCCGGCGAGCCCCUCCUGCCCGAAGCGGGCCUCUACCUGCUGCGGGAAGCCCCGGCGCCCGCUUUCUUCUUCUACUGCGAAGAUGUGCGGCAGGUGGAGCCGCUGGCCCAUCGGAUCGGCCGGGCCACCCGCCAUCUGAGCCAGCGAGAGAUUGCUCACAACUUGUUCGCCACCCGCGGGGCUGCCCCCGCGGGCCCCCUCGGCUCCAGAGCUCGAUCUGGCCUCCGGGUCCUUCUUUGGGCGCGCAAAGCCUGCUUCGGUACCAAAGAAGAAUUGGCCUUCAAUGUGGCCGUUUGUGAACUGGCAGGACACCUGCCCACCAAAACCGUCCAGGAAUACGAAGGCCUCAGUGAGGCCUCAGCACUUCACAGGAUUCAGCAAUGUCUCCUGCCAGACAGCCAGUUAGCCCACCUCCAGCAAGAGCUUGUGGACCUCCUCCGAGAGUUGCCUCCCUCCCCUCCAUGGUCUUCCCUUCCCCAGGGGAGGCUGCUCUAGAGGAAGCCAGGCUGAGGGAAGUUGGGGGACUCAGGGAGGCAUUUCUGCCUUAUGAGUCUUUCUGGGACACCCAACUCCCCUUCUCAAAUUUGAUUUUGCAUGCAUGAAAUUUGGACUGAAUUUACAAUUUUGAGAUAAGCCCAGUUAAGCCAGAUGAGCCCAGCAAUUUAUGAGGCAUGGACAGUGUUCUUUACAGACUAAGAAGAUGUAUAAACUAAAGAGUAAGACUGAGGAGACGACAAAACACAAGGCUUAAUAACUGGCAAGGAAAAUAAAAUAUCUCUGGGAAAGUGGCUUGUUUGUUUGUUUAUGGGGGUAUUUAAAGAGGCCUGUAAGCAUUUUUGAGGAAGAGCUUCACUGCUACUAGGAGGGAAAUCACAGGCUGAGUUUUUUAUUACAGUAAACCCAAUUAAAUCAUCCUGCGGUGUCUUAAAAGACCCCGAACAGUGACUGGCAUCACCACCCUCUCCAAGCGAUUCUAUCUUAUUUCCUAUUGAACCCUAAAUCACACCAGUUGCCUGUACUGCCACCUCUAAGGAUCUGCAGGCAGUUGGAGAGCUUUACAGCUGAACAGAGGGGCUUUUCUAAAGCUCGCCCCACCCUCUGCCUUCACCACGUCCUGGUAGCUCCAAAAAAGAGGCUUUAAUUGCUCGCCUCCUACCGCUGCCCACGG